AUGCUUGAUCUCUAUCAAGUGCUAUAUGCACAUUCUUUUCAACUCGAACUCCACUUUGGUCAUCAUUCUCAAGCUUACGAAAGCUUGGGUAUUUCUCAAUUUGUGUCCAUCUUCAUGGUUCUUAGUGGUAGCGAUCAUUGGUCAACUUUCUUCGGAGGAACGACAUUUGCGGGGCAGAGGUUAUUACUGAAGAAUUUGCAAGACAAGUCAUUCG